AUGAGGAGGGAAAUCCUGAGCCUGGCCUUCGCCCGGGCCGUCUUCGCCGAGUUCCUCUCCACCCUCAUCUUCGUCUUCAUCGGGCUGGGCUCGGCGCUCAAGUGGCCCUCGGCGCUGCCCAGCAUCCUGCAGAUCUCGCUGGCCUUCGGGCUGGCCAUCGGCACGCUGGUGCAGGCCUUCGGCCACGUCAGCGGCGCCCACAUCAACCCGGCCGUCACCAUCGCCUUCUUCGUGGGCAACCAGAUCUCCUUCCUGCGCACCCUCCUCUACGUGGCCGCCCAGCUGGUCGGGGCCAUCGCCGGCGCCGGGAUCCUCUACGGCGUCACCCCGGCCAACACCCGCGGCAACCUGGCCAUCAACGCCCUCAACAACAACACGACGGCGGGGCAGGCGCUGGUGGUGGAGAUCAUCCUGACCUUCCAGCUCGCCGCCUGCAUCUUCGCCUCCACCGACAACAGGAGGAGCGGCGUGGGCUCCCCCGCCAUCUCCAUCGGCCUCUCCGUCACCGUCGGGCACCUCGUGGGGAUUUACUUCACCGGCUGCUCCAUGAACCCCGCGCGCUCCUUCGGCCCCGCCGUCAUCGUCAGCAGGUUCGACCCCACGCACUGG